UGACAAGAGGACAGUCUGGCUCCGGAUGGCCAGAGACAUCUCCCAAAAUAUACCGAUGGCAGUGUUAUCAAACUGACAUGGCAGGGUGAGCUUGUAAGAACCAUGUCGCUCCAAGCUCCUCGCAUGUCAGUGUUCACCUUUCAGUCUGCAGUGCACAGCGCCCAUGUCCUCCAAUGUCUGAAUGACCAGAGGCAGCAGGAUGUCCUGUGUGAUGUGACUGUGGUGGUGGAAAACAGGAGUUUUCGGGCCCACUGCUCUGUCUUGGCUUCCUGCAGCGAUUACUUUAACAGCAGGGUUACUAAUAUCACCAGACAGAAUCCCAUCAUCACCUUACCUGAUGAGGUGACCAUUGAGGGGUUUGAACCUUUACUUCAAUUUGCCUACACAUCAAAGCUACCCUUCACCAAAGAAAACAUUCAUGCCAUUCACAGCAGUGCAGAGUUUUUAGGAUUUCAUAACCUGGAGUCAGCAUGCUUUGAUUUCCUCAUCCCAAAGUUUUCUGAAGGCAAAAGAACCUCACAGGAUGUCAGGCAUAGAACCUGUUGUAGGAGCCGGGAUCCCAGUGCCAGUCUUGGCCCAAGUAUAGAGAGCAGCAAGCCGAAAUCAUUUGAGUCACACAGCUCAGUGCCUUCAAGAGGUGAUGAACAAACAGAUUUCCCAUCACAGUGUUCUCAGCACGCACAGGGUCAGACAAGCAGCGGGGAAGAACACUUCUGUUUGGAGAAUUGCGGGCCACAAAUGGCCCCCUUAUCUCUGGAGUUAACAGCAAAUGGUGUGUGCCCCAUGUUGUCGUUGCCAUGCCCAGACUCUGACAAAGCAGAUCAUCCCUCUCAGUUCUGCGAAAGAGAUAUUUUAGAGAUAGGAGAUGUGUGUAAUCAAAGUGAGUUGAGUUUGGCAGACUGUGGCUUACCCUGUGAGCUCACAACCCCAGGGGAUGUGAAUCCACCAGAACUCCUUGAGCCAGCAGGAAGUGAUGUCAAGCAGACUGUCGAGACGCUUGGUGCUGAAACCGACUGUAACCCCGAUUCAUGUCCACUCAACACAUCAGGGACAGAAGAUUGCAGUGAGUUAUUAGAGCAGAGUGAGGCUGGCCUUGAAGAGAAAAUGGAAGGUGGUCUCUCAGACCCUGCACUAACUGCUCUAAGCCACGAAGAGGGAAUUGGGGAGAGGAGCAGCGUGGAGAGGGAGGUGGCUGAACAUCUGGCAAAAGGUUUUUGGUCUGACCUAUGUCCAUCUCAGGCUCAACCGCUCCCCUUGGAACCCAUGGACCAAAACAGUCUGGCAAAAGCAUCAGACUUUCAUUGGCUUAAGCAGCUGGACCUGAGCUCCAGUGUCGGAGACUGUCCCUUCCUCAGGGACUUUGGGACCAGUGAUGACCCAGCCCCACGCACUGACAGUCUUUCCCAGUCAGAGAAGAGCCCUUACAUGUCGUCCUCCCUCAACUCUGGGGACGACUCAGACCUGGAUACAGAUGGAGAUACUGAGGCCAACAACAAAAGAGCAGCAGAGAUUCAGCUCCCGUUCCCAGUGGAGCAGAUCUCAUUGUUGAGCCGGAGUGCCUUCCAGCAGCUUCUGAGACACCAUAACCUGACUCAAGACCAGCUGGAGUUUGUCCAUGAUGUCCGUCGACGAAGCAAAAACCGUGUGGCUGCACAGCGUUGCCGAAAGAGGAAACUAGAUAGCAUACAGCAGCUGGAAUGUGAAAUCAAAAAAUUAAAAAGUCAGAAGGAGCGGCUGAUGCAGGAGCGAACUGAACUGGAACAAAACCUGGAGGAGACACGGCAGAGUCUGUGUGAGUUAUGUAAGAGUGCUAGCAUUGAGUCUGGCUCUGAUCAGGACCACUUGCAGCUUCUUGCCAAGGUCUCUACACCUGACUCCUCUAUCUCCACAACUAGCCUUUUGGGUAAAGAUGACGAGUCCCAUAUCACUAUUGAAAUGGUAAGUUGUUCUUCAGAGUGUGGCCCAAGCAAGCCACCGGCAGGCUCAGAUCUAACUGCUGCACCAGAGGCUGGCAUACAGGCAGAGGAGGCAGGUUCUCCACAGAGCAGCCCCAUUCCCACUUCUCUUCUCAAUGUCUGUCUGGACAUGAACAACAGUUUAUAAUUGGAGUCAAUCUCAAUUAUCAUUUCUAAUCUUGCAGGACCACAGAGCAUGCAUCAGACUCUGAGUAUAUACUGUAAUCCCUUUUGGGAUGGAUGUGCAUUCCUGUGUAUUUCACUGACUGAUAUACAGUAGGUAUCUUAAAAUGACAUAAAGAAAUGUCAAAUUUUCUUCACUGUUUCUAAUAUGCAUUAUACUGUAGGAAACACAAAAUACAGUAUUCAUCAUUUUGAAAGUGCGGACAAUUUUCCAGCAAUUCUCAAAUGUUUCUAUUUCUUAAUAAGGAGGAUGUUUCUUAAUAUUAGGUUUGUUUUUCUCAGGGAAAUGCAUUACCUGACUGUUUGGAUGGCUAAAAUAAUUCUCGCUGCACACCCAACCCCACGCACAUAUACACAUAGUUAUGAAAAUAAGAUGUUUCUUUUAUUUUAGACUAAUUAGUCUAUCAUUAUAUUCCUAACACAGUCUUUGUUAUUCUUUAAUUAAAUAUGCACAGCACUAACAGAACUUUUUACAGUAGAUUACAAAGAAUUGUAACAGCUAACAUUAAAUCUCAAUAGUAUUAUUUGAAAGCCAGUCUACAGUUUGAAUAAAUAACUGUCAGCUUCCCUGAUAUUCGAGGAAGAGUUCCAGUGUGUGUCUGAAAGUGUUACAGAGGAACAUAAGAAACUAUGGUAUUUGAUUUAAAACGUGCCUUAUGCAGUAGUGUAGUGUUAAUACAGAAAGAUAAAGGCAAUCUUUGUAUUCUUCUCUCAAGCACUGUUGCACAUUAACCCAGAGCCCAUACUGAUGGCAUUCUCUUACAUUAAGGUCUGUCUUCAUGUGGAGUAUUUUUUAUUAAAUGCUUUCUUGCAUUACUGAUUUAAAUAAACAGCAUUUUGUUACCA